AUGGCGUCCUCCAGCUUCUCGCAAAGUAAGGGCAGCGACCAGGUAAAGGCACUCGUAAAGUUGGGGAAGCAGAAAAAAGGUGAGGGACGGUGCCGAACUGCAUCGCGCACAGCAUCUUGCGCUCAACCUUCAGGACGGUGCCCUGCUAUCGUAGACGUCACAACAAUUUGGGGCGGGGAGUACCCAACUAACGGAUGGAAGCCCCGGGGCCUCCACCUUCCUCAAGCCGCAAAAGCCCUCGUUUUGUGUCUUGUGCGCGCGAAUCACACUGAGAAGGCCGUUCAAGGUGAGGAACUCCCCCACCACGCCGCUGGAGUACACAAACGAACCACCGCGUAG